GCAUCGCCGAUUCGAGGGAGUGGACGCAAGCGGAGAGCGGACAUUUCUAUUCGCUUUAUGGGGACGCAGGACGGGCGCGUCAGGGUGAAAACCGAGCGUACCGAGCAGCGCCAGAGCGGGGACAACAAUUUCGCGCAGCGCAGUCCCACACACACUCCGAGAGCACGCCCGCUCGAGCGCUUCAGUUGACGUCCAACCGUCAUCGAAGGGAGCCGCACACAGAAGACGCUUCCAACGCCCUGCGCCGGUGUUCACUGUUUUUCGCGCAUCUAGGAGUUUUGGCGCGGUGUGUUCUAGUGGCAAGGUGCUGUGUGUGUGUGUGCGUGUGAAGAGAGAACGGGAGCAGCAAGAAUGGAUUCUAACGGAACCGAAACGGUGGGCGAGACGCUGCAGCAGCAGUUCGGCCACUGGUAUACCUUCCUGGUGGAGGACCUCAGCGACAAGCGUGCCGCCCAUCUACCGUUCCUGCACAGCCCGCUGUGGCCACUGUCCGUCCUCUCCCUCUACUUCCUGCUCGUGUUCUACUGGAUACCGAACUACAUGCGCGAUCGCAAACCGUACGAUCUGCGCAAGCUGCUGCUCGCGUACAACGUGUUCCAGGUGGUGGUGUGCUACUUCCUGAUCCGGCAGCUCGUACGGCACGGCUGGACCUUCCGCUACCUCUACACGUGCGAGCUGGCCGACUACUCGAACAGCAAGAACGCGAUCGGCUUUCUGCACGCCGCCUACCUCAACUACUGCGUCAAGACGGCCGAGCUGGUCGAAACGGUGCUGUUCGCGCUGCGCAAGAAGCGCAGCCAGAUUUCCUUCCUGCACGUCUACCAUCACGUGUUCACGUACCUGCUGGCCUGGAUAUUCGCCAAGUACGUCGGAGGAAGCAUGCUAACGUACACAAUCAUCGUCAACUCGCUGGUGCACAUGUGCAUGUACUCGUACUAUCUGCUCGCCGUCAUACCGAGCUACGUGCCGUUCUCGCUGGGCAGGCUGAAGCGCUACAUCACCGCUCUCCAGAUUAUUCAGCUGGUUAGCAUACUGGUGAACAUACUGUUCGCGAUGCGCAGCAGCUGCGCCAUCCCGCGCACCCACAUCCUGCUGUACGCACCGUACAUGGUGGUGCUGAUCUCGAUGUUCAUCAACUUCUACCUGAAGACGUACAGCGGCAUCACGAGCGCACUGAACGUGUGCUACACCGGCGGCGGUCUCCAGAAGAAGGUUCAAUAAUUUUAGGGGAAAAGAGAGAGAGUGCCCGCAAGAAAACACACUACCACAGUGCCGCACAGUGUGAGUGUUUACAAGUGAGUGGACAAUUAAGUUUCGAAGAAAUAUUCACCAACUACUGCCACACUCUAUUAGGGUUGUGCAAUAAGAGUGUGUAAAAAGCCAACCGCAACAGCAACAGCAACCACAAAGUGAUGCGUUACGGAAAUCGCUUAUGAUUCCCAGUGAUUAGAAGCAAAAAAACCACACAGAAACAGACGCGCAGGUAUGGCACCGGUCCAAAGCCCCAAAGCCAGGGCCAUGCGUUGGGGGAAAGAAGAGGAAGAAGCUGCCGCUGCCAUUGAUAGGGGUUGGGGAGGGGGGGGGGAGGGUACGAAUGGGAGGGUUUGGGAACUGAAUGCCAACCCACAGUCUAAAUAGCAUUUGCAUUGACAAACUGAUGCAAAAUUAUCUUGCACACAUUAGCCUUCUCACUCUCUCUCUCUCUCUCUCUGUUUUUUGUUGUUUGGUAAUGCGCACUGGAACACACAUACACACACACAAACACACAAGGAAUAUACUUUAUUCUGUUGUGAUUGAUCUAAUGCCGCUUAUCGCUUCUGCACGGUACGGGCGUUACGUAGUACUGCGACCGGGGUCAAUAAUUAAGCUUAGCAGCGCGUUACCGCGUUUGCCACCCAUCCGGAAGGAUGAAGAAUGAUUUCACGAAUUUACAAACCACACUUACAGAUAAACAUACGCACACAGCAACUCUAAAGUGCAUAAACAAGUGUGUGUCUGAAUCGUAGCCUAUAGUUUGUGCGCGGAGUUGGUUGGGGAGGCGAGUUAAAUUAUAUUGCUUAAUUAUCGGUAAGUGUUUCCCUCUAAGGGAGUUGGAGGGAUUAAGUGAAGGAGAAAGAGAGAGCGCGCCGGGGGUAGGCUUUGAAGAUGAAGAAGAAGAAGAAGAAGAGAAAGAAGAAGAAGAAGAGGGGAGGGAAUGCUUUUAAAACAAUGUGCAACGCACACAAACAUAAUAAUAAAAAUAAAGCAAGCAAAUGGCAAAUGAUGCGUAAA